AUGGCAAACGCCUCAUCAACUGCACGCCUCACUGAUGACAGCGAUCCUCUCGUCGCAGAGUAUGAACACUCAGUCCAGGUUCCCACUCACCCCAUGAAUAUUGAGUGCUCAGAGUCCCGUCAGAUGUUCUCGGCGUCCGCAUGCGGCAAUAAAGCCUUGUACCGCUCACCAGGUUCAUCCGCGCACCGUCCGGUGAGAUUCACGAUUCCGUUGGGCAACCUGGCCAGCGCUCACGUAGCCGUCCCAGGCACAUCGGCAAUUUCAUCUACGUCAAUGUCGUCGAGAGUUUCCUUGGAGAAGCUACUGCCGGUAGAUGUGGAGCGGCACGUCCCUGCUCGAGACAGCUGCCGAGAGAUCGACAACGAAGAGAAAGCUGUGCGGAAGAACUGCGGCGUAACAAUCUUUCUCGUGGUGCUUAUAGCAGUGAUCGUUUCGCUAUUCGUUUUCGGUAUCGCCGGUAUAAUAUGGAUCGAACCGGAAGUGGACAAAUUCAGCAGGAACAUCGUCUUGCUGUUCAGAAAGCUGCCUGCUGUUGUAGGUGCUGGGCGUACUGCGAACGGUUCUCGCUUCUCAGGUUACGCAGGGGCCAAGGCAGCGCUCGAAAGAAUGACAAAGAAGAAGCUGGCGCCAUGUGCCACUGAGAUGUGCCAAUGGGAAGCCCGGUACUUGAACGGCAAACUGAACAAGUCUGUCGAUCCCUGCACUGACUUUUAUUCCCACGUGUGCUCCGCGAACUGGUAUAAUGACGCCACAGACGGCGCAUAUACGUCUACAGCGUCGGCAGCCAUGCUGCACAACAUGUGGGCUUUCCUGAAGAGGGAAUUCAACGUUUCACAGACUUCCUUUCUGAGCCAGGCUGCCUUUCUCGCCCGUGGAUGCAUGGAAGGACCUCAGGAUGCAGAAUGGGUCACGUUUCGCACGAUUUUAUCAGAUAUGAACAUAUCUGGAUGGCCUUACGAUGGUGAUGUACCUAACAUAAAUCCACACGACGUGGCCAAGGUCACCGAUAAGCUACUUGGGACGUCGGCAUUCGUGACGCUGGUCCUUCGACAAAGAUCUUGGGAUCAUGAACUCGAACUUCACGUGGACUCUCCGUCCAUUUUUCUGCGCCGUUUCCAGGAGCUUCGAGCAGCCGACAAUAUCACGAAGUACACUGACUUUGUCUAUAAGGUGCUGUCGCUUCAGAAGCAGCCGUCCGAUGAGACGCGUGAUCUUGCUGUCGAAAUUGUGAAACUAGAAGUGAUGAUGUCCGAGGCAGCUGCCGAAGGAACUCGUAGCGUACCUAUGGCACACGCUAUGAGGCCGCUGGGAUCAUUUAAAACGCUGCGAAACUGGGAUUGGUUGCGUUAUUUCUCUUAUUUCACGGAAGGAACGCCUGGGCUUGCUUUAGAAAGCGUCGUGGUUCUUGACCCCAACUACGUCGACCAGCUAGAAGAUAUUCUAUCCGAAACUCACCGACGUACCCUGGUCAACUACAUCGGCUAUCGGUUGGUCGUCGGUCUAUCACCUCUCCUUCCAGGCAACGAGGGAGGCUUCAUGCUUCCCGUCAGCCACCCGAUCCAACUCGUAAAAGACGCUUCAGGACGACUUGCAGCUUGCAUGUCUGCGCUGGAACGGGUCUAUCCAUUCGGCGUUCGUACAUUAACGUGGUCGGCGAUGUCGCAAAGCGAUCGCACACUGAAGAUCAUUGAAAGACUAUCAGGCGAUCUUAAAAGGUUGCAAGACCUGGCACAAUACGAAAUGAAACAAACUUCUGUUUCGGCCCCAUGGCUGCAUGCAAACGAGUCUCACGUCGCUUCUCUCAAGUUCGACCGUAUCCAGUUCGAGCUGACGCCUUCGAACGCUGAACUCUCAUUGCCAGUUUCAACUAGUUCCCCGUCUCCUCCGGAACGUGGCCAAUUGCUUAUGACGUACUACAAGUUGUUUCGCUUCGUACGCACGCAAUACUGGACUGGUGGUGACCCAACGCACUUCCAAGAACCCAUGACACCCUCAGAGUCCGUAUUCGGCCCUGGGUUCUCGUACGAUCCCCAGCGCAACGCCAUAGCGCUCUCCCCAGCUACAAUCCUGUUUGGUGCAAGAGUUUCUCGACGUUUUCUUGCCACUUCUAUUCCGUUCCUGAUAACUCCGUUGCUUCGAGGCAUGUUCUCCGCUAUCGAUGCUCGUGGCAGCACCGUGGACGCCGACGGAGCCAUUCGAAAAUGGUGGUCUCCGAGCUCGAAAGAAACAUUCUUGUCGCGCUCCUGGUGCUAUCAAGGGAUAUUCAUCGAGAGCGCAACGAAAUAUAUUAACGAUCCCGACGAGUCUCUGUUUCUUUACGACAACGUGGCGGACGGUGCAGUCUUGCAGGCGAUGUACAACAUCUUCCUGAAGUUUGGUGGCGGCAGAGACAAUGCACUGGGCCACGUACCGGGUCUCCCAACGGGUACGACGAGUCGGAAGAUAUUUUUCACAAACUACGCUUCAAUGUUCUGCGAGCCCCCUCAUAACGUAUUGCACGAGCAGAUGCGGCUUCGGUACAGGGUUUCUGUUCCGGCAAAGUUGAGGGUGAAUGGUCCACUAAAGAGGUUCAAGCCUUUCGCGAAGGCGUUCGACUGCUCCGUAGGUACGAGAAUGGAUCCCAAAAGCUCUUGUGCAUUCUGGUGA